AUUCACUCGAGAAUAUCAUAGUGGUUAACAGAAAAAAGCAAACAUUGAAUAAGAUCAAUAAAUCACGAUGCGGCCAGCACUACGUCUUCUUCGGGGUGGCUUCCUCCGGCGAAGCAUAGAGGAGAUGAAGCGCAACACUUUCAGCGUCAUCAAAGGCGAAGGCAUAACUGGUGACUUUGCCGAUAUGGAAAUUCACUCUUUCCGCCAUCCAGAUUCUCUCAAAAACAUCAAGGUCUUUUCCGAUGCAGACACCGGAGGUUUCAGUAAAGUUCACAUGGAUCUCACACCAUGUCCACCAGGCCCCCUGUCGGAGGGCCAAUACUAUGGAAGAUUCCGCGGAAAUAUAUCCAUUGAACUGCCCGUUGAACGGCCGAAAAUUCAACGGUCUGGAUAUGCUGCUUGGAGAACGUUGGAGAGAGGGAGGACGCUCUUUGGGCGACAGUAUUGGGAUUGCGAUCCUUAUAUUUAUUUGGCACUGAGGGUUAAGAGUGAUGGAAGCAAGUAUUUCGUCAAUAUACAGACCGAUUCUAUUGUUGAGACGGAUAUCCAUCAACACAGACUAUUUGCUAGGAGGGUCGGAGAGUGGGAGACCAUACAUAUUCCUUUCUUGGAGUUUGUAAGGACAAACUUUGGACAGGUUAUUGAGCCUCAGAAUGAGAUGAUGAAGCAAAAGGUUAAGACUGUUGGGAUUGGAUUGAUUGAUCGAAUCCCGGGACCUUUUGAGUUAUGCAUUGAUCGGAUAUGGGCGACGAAUACACCAGAGCCAGAACAUGUCACCAAGGUUCCAAGCAGCUUUAAUGUACAUGAUGACGAAUAAUUAUUAUUUA